AUGGCUGGAAUUGAAGAGAAGACCGACAUCCACCACGACGACAUGGCGUCGAUCCACCGUGCUGAGAGUGGCAAGGUUCAGCGCAUCUCGGACAACAACAAGCACCUCAGUCCCGAGCUUGCCGCUGCCCUUGAGACCUGCGCCAUCAGGCCCUGGUCGAGCUCCAGUCUCCACCUCUAUGUCUCUAUUCUCUGCGCUCUCUGCUGCGCUUACGCCAACGGUUACGACGGUUCGCUCAUGACCGCCAUCAACGCCAUGCCUUUCUGGCAGGCACGUUUCGGCCACAUUGGCACAACCGGUACCAUGGUCUCUGUCGUCUUCUCGAUGUACAACGUUGGUUGCUUCAUUGGCGGCUUCCCCGCUGCUUGGAUCACCGACAGGUGGGGUCGUCGCGCUGGUAUGGCUGCCGGAGCCAUCAUCAUCAUCAUCGGCUCCAUCCUCCUUUCUACCUCGAACCACAUCGCCCAGUUCAUUGUCGGCCGUCUGAUCCUUGGUUUCGGCAUUGCAAGUGCCCAGUUGGCCGCUCCUGCAUAUGUCGUGGAGGUCGCGCCGCCACACUGGAAGGGACGUUGCGUUGGUAUCUACAACUGUGGCUGGUACGCCGGUGCCAUUCCUGCUGCUGCGAUUACCUUUGGCUGCAACUACAUCAACUCGGACGCCUCGUGGAUCAUCCCCAUCGUCCUUCAGUGUGCCGCCUGUAUCGUUGUUCUCGGCCUUGUCCCCUUCAUCCCCGAGUCGCCCCGCUACCUCAUGAAGCACGGCAAGGAGGAGCAGGCCCUUGCCAUCCUCGCCAAAUUCCACGGUGGAGGUGACCCUAACAACGCCCUGGUUCAACUCGAGAUGGAGGAAAUGAGGGCCGCUGCCGCCCUCGACGAGGCCAACAACACUGAGGCCUGGUGGGACUACCGUCCCCUGUUCGCUACCAAGAGCAACGCAUGGCGCAUGUUCUCUGGUAACGGUCUUGCCUACUUUGCCACUGUCAUCUUUGAGCAGAUUGGUGUCACUUCGGUCACUGCCCAGCUCGGCUACAACCUCAUGUACUCGGCCCUCGCCGUUGUUGGCGCUCUUACUGGCGCCGUCCUCACCGACCGCAUGAAGCGUCGCUACGUCCUGACGUUUGGUACUGCAGUCCUCUCGAUCACGCUCGCCGUAUUUGUUGGCCUCACCUCGGUUAUCCAGAAGGCCGUCGACAAGGAUGAGCCGAUCAACGCUGCCGUCGGCAAGGGUGCCAUCGCUGUCUACAUCCUCUUUGGUGUCUUCUGUGCUUUCGUGUACACCCCUCUCCAGGCUACCGUCACUGUGGAGCACCUCUCCACCAGCAUGCGUGCUAAGGGUCUUGCGCUCUGCAACGUCGUCUCGCAGGCCAUGGGCUUCAUCAACCUCUUCGCCGGUCCUAUCGCCCUCGCCAACAUCGGCUACUACUAUGUCAUGUUCUUCAUCUUCUGGGACCUCGUCGAGGCUCUCUGCUGGUGGUUCUUCGGUGUCGAAGCCCAGGGUCGUUCCCUCGAGGAGCUCGACUGGGUCUACGAGCAGCCCAACCCCAUUGCUGCUUCCAAGAAGCUUGGAUAA